UUUGGUAUCCAGCGAAACUGUGCUUCUUUCUCUCUGCGUCUAUUAUCUCUCUCUACCUCCUCACUCUCAUUCCACACUCUCUCUCUCUCUCUUUAGCUCCCUCAUUCCUCACUACUCCCACCACCACUCUCAAAGACUCUCUCAGUUUUUGCUUCUUGCUUUUAAAGGCCCGAUUCCGAUUCCCUUCCCCUUUCCGGUUAAAGCUUUGCUCCACUCACCCCCCCAUCCUUCUUUUUGGCUUUCAAAGCUUUGCUUUUUUUCCCCUUCAAAAAUUUGCCAUUCUUUUUUCCGUACCGUUUGCUAAGGUCCAGAGCUCCACGCUCGCUCUCUCCACUUUUUUCUUCUUUCGGGCGAAACUUUCCGUGAAAUUUCUCGUCCUUUGAUGACACUUUUUUAGGUGUUUUCUCUCCGUUUCAAGCACAAGCAGCUUCUCUUUCACGCUUCUUCCUUCUCUCUGUGUCUUUCUCUCUUUUUCUCACUCUUUAUUCUCUUCACCUCGUGUGCUCUGCGAGAAUCUCCCUCUUUUUUCCUUUCUUCUUCUUCUGCGGCCUCUAUUUUAAUCUCCCGCCACCGACUCACUCACUCACUCAACUCGCUUUCAAUGCGAAUCAGCUGCUGGAAGACUCUCAAAUACUAAUUUGCUUUGUUACUUGAACUAUGAAUCCGGCUGUUAAGUACACGCAGCACCGCAGCCACACGAAGCUGGUGGCGAAUUCGGCGGCUGAGUUUGAAUCGGUGAGGCCCAGAGUUGUACGGAUAUCUGUCACCGACGGAGAUGCCACCGACUCAUCCAGCGACGACGAACCGGGCGGUUCGUCGGCGGAGGAGGCCGCCAUGGUGUACGACAACGCCGCUAUUCAGCUGCGUGGACCUGACGCGCUCACUAACUUCGCUGCUCCUCCGGCGAAGUCCUUGCCAGACGUGAAGCCGGUUAUUAGCUCUGGCUACAAUUCCUGCGACGAGUCUCACAACAAUCUUUGCUCCCCGACCUCCGUGUUGCGGUGUCCAUCACCUUCGAACGAAGAAGCCGACUCUCCGAGUUUGAAAGAGGAGUUUCCGGACAUCGCCGAAUUCCGAAAUGUCCGAGACGACUCUUGCGUAUCGGAGAACUUCUCCGAGUUUUCGGAAUACACGAGUUUCGAAUCAUUUAUCCCGGACGACAUUUUUGAUUUCCAGACUUCGAUACCUGACUUCUUCUCGGAAACGAGUCUCCGAGAAGUUGGUAUUUUGAAGGAAGAUUUCGGCGAAUUCGGAAAUUUCGGACAAAUUUUUGUUGACUCGGGUCGGGAUUUCGGUUUUGGUUCCUCUGGGUGGUGUGUGGAUGACCAUUUCCAGGACAUCGGCGAUCUUUUCAGUUCGGAUCCUCUGGUUGCGCUUUAAGACAAAUGACAGUUCGAGGUCGUUCCGGUGACAAAGGAGAGUUCCCGUUCGUGUUUUGCCUGUUUGACGGCAAGUUUUGUAUCGGUGGGAAAGAAAAUCGGAAUGUGUUUUUUUUAUAUUGUUAAUUUAAAUUUUUUUUGUUUUAUCAGUUUUGGUUGUAAUUGUUUAUUUCUUAACGGUGAAUGAAGGAGAGUUUUGCUA